AUGGCGAUUACAGGCCUGGGCGCCGGCGUGCGCCCUCCAAUAUUCCCUAUUACUGACGACGACCACGGCGGUUUUACUGCUGUUUCUGUGUAUACGUUGUUGGUCCUGUCGGUCGUUGUGGUGGCCACGCGACUGUCUGCCAGAUUCUAUAUCGGGCGAGUCGUGCAACUCGACGACUACCUUCUUGGAGGAGCUACAAUUUUGGCUAUUAUCCAAAGUGCAUUCGUGCAGCUCGCCAUCAGCCAUGGCCUCGGCAAAAAACAAGACAUUGUUUCGUCAAACAAUCUCGACCUCUUCCAAAAGUACUGGUACAUCGCGCAAAUCCUGCUCAUCGCCACGAUCGCCUUGAGCAAACUCUCUAUUGGCCUACUCUUCAAAAACCUCAUGAGCAAAGGCGCACAGUUUAUUGCAAACUGGACCUUGAUCGCAACCAUCGUUGCUUGGGCAGUGGCUUCCAUUGUCUCUCUGGCUGCAAGGUGCUCGUCGCCUCAUCCGUGGGAUUUUGUGAAUGGAAAAUGCAUCGACCAGACCAUGCUGUUCCGGGCUGUCGGGGCUAUCAACAUUAUAACCGACAUUGGCCUCAUCAUUCUGCCCUGUCUGGUUCUUUGGGGAGUGCAGGUAUCUACAAGUAAGAGAGUCCGAAUUAUCGGGAUGCUUUCCAUUCGACUUGCCGUUCCUGUUGCUGUCGCAUUUCAAAUUCACUACUACAAUACCCUUGCCAAGUCAAGUGACAAGACAUGGAUGGCGAUGAAUGCCAGCAUCUGGGACCAGGCCGUUAUGAACAUGAGUAUAAUUGCCACGUCCAUUCCAUCGCUAGGUCGUCUCGCUGUCGAGUUACAACCGAAUAUCGGCGCGUUUGCCAUGACCGAGAACCAUGGUGUUCGUAGUCGCGACAAAUACGCUAUGUCGUCGCUUGGAAAUCAGUACCCCCAUCAGAUGUUUGCGGAACAAAGACUUGGUACGCACACGUCUGUGCAUGGCAGUGUCGAGGCCGAUACAGAGAGCAUGGAAGGGUUGGUCCGGGACGGCAUGAAUCAGAAUGUGGUCACUAUACAUCACACCAUUGACUUCAAGGUCGAGUAG